CAGCCCAGCCCAGCCAGUUCGAAACAAAAUCCCCUCUCCCUCACUUUACGCGUUCGUCCGCAGAGUUCAUCUUAUCCUCGAACAUUUCUUUUUUUUUUUCCCCUGUUCUCCGAAUGAUGGUCAUGGCCGGGUUUUCUACUACUCAUGCAUAAGAGAAUCCCUCUCUCUCUCUCUCGGUGUUUCUGGCUCGUGCGACAAAGACGACGGACGAACUGACUGACUGACUGACUGACUGACCUUGCAUAUUUCCCGGGAUCCUGGCGCAGAUGAUGAGGCCGCGACAGGUCAAGGCAUGACAUUGAGACGAUAUCCACGACGACGACGACGAUAGAGACGAGACGGUUCCUUUCCCCAUACGCGCUUGCAUUUUAUUUUUUUCGUCUUCAUAUUUGGGUUCCUUGGGGAAUUCUUUUGAGCGGUGCAAGGCUGUCGAGAGAUUACAUCGGGAAGGAAAUUCGGAUCUUAGGCAUCAGGAGAUGGCCCAGUCGCUCGAAGCUAAGAUUGUGGUUUUGGGGAGCCAAGGGGUGGGGAAGACGAGUCUUGUGCAGAGAUACGUGAGGAAUCAGUUCAACCCAGCGAAUACAACGAGUACUGUAGGCGCGAGCUUCCAGACCAAACGAGUAGUAGACGACGAGUCGGACACGGUAGUAAGGUUACAGAUCUGGGAUACCGCUGGACAGGAACGAUUCCGCUCGAUAUCCCGCCUUUACUACCGCGGCGCGAACGCUUGCAUCCUCUGCUAUAGCAUCACCGACCUUCCCUCCUUCGAAGAAAUGGGCGUCUGGCUGACCGAGCUGCGCCGCAACCUGCCCUCCGACAUCAUCCUGCACGUCGUCGGGACCAAGACGGACCUCGUAGCGCGCGAGCCCUCGCGGCGCGAAGUGCCCUUCGAGCGGUGCAUCGCCUACGUCGCGGACAACCUCGCGCCGGGGCUCUCGUCGACGCCUCCCGCGACAGCGACGACGGGGCUCGAGAGCGCGCCACAGUGGCAGCGCUCCCACGCCGCCGUCGACGUCGGCGCCAAGAGCCCGAGCUCGAAACGCAGCUCCGGCUUCUGGGGCCAGGAGGUCGGCUGGGAUUGCUGCCAUGAGGUCAGUGCUGAGAGCGGCGAGGGCGUCGAGGAGGUGUUCCGCGUCAUCACCAGGAAGCUGGUCGAGCAGAAUAGGAAGAUUCAGGAACAGCUCUCGUCGGCCAUACAGUCGCCGGGUAUCGGGUCCCCGGAACAGGAGAUGGGGGGUGGCUAUUUUGACGGCAUCAGAGCGGGCGGCAGUUUUCGCGUGGGCAGGGAUCGGAGGAGUUGGUUUGGGGUCCCUGUCGAGGUGGUGAUUGAUGAGGCCGAGGGCGAGAAUGGGAAUUCUGCUAGUCAGCAGACAAAGGCGAGGAGGAGGUGCUGUUAGAGAGUUUGGAUGGAUACCCUUGUUGUUUAAGUUGGAUUUCUGGAUUCUUGGGGUCUAAGUCUGCGGAUAUGGUUUGCAUUUUUGAAUUUGGGCGGCUUUUUGAGCAUAGCAUUUGGAGUCUUGGGUCUGAUUUCGACGUAAUGGGUAUGGGGCAUUGUUCUUUGGGAGAAAGAGGGAGAGAAAUGCUAGUUUCAUCUUCUGAAUCCAAAGUUUCCUCGAAGCGGGAUAACCUCUCUUGGUAUUGCUUAACGUGCUCAUUUACAAUCUCGACCGUGGAAUUGCUAUGCCGGAAUCUCAUUAGAAGUAUAGAAACGCCAAAACCAAAGCCCUCAAAA